AUGACGAAGCAGUACCGUGCUGACAGUGUGUCCACAGUGAGCAGGGUAACUGUACAGAGAGGAAGAUCUGUCACCAUCCCAUGUCACUAUGAUCUCAAAUAUGAAAACAGUGUGAAAUACUGGUGUCUAGGAUAUUCCUGGCCUAGUUGUUCUGUUGUAGUAAGCACUGACUCUCCAAAGAAUAAUGGUAAAGUGUCAAUCACUGAUGACCCCGCCCACCAGGUCUUCACUGUGUCCAUGAAGAGUCUGCAGGAGGGGGAUUCUGAAUAUUACUGGUGUGCUAUAGAGAUUGGUGGAACGGAAACUCUAGAUGAUUUUGCAUGUCUUCACCUAACAGUCACAGCUGGUACUCCAGGGCUUUGGGUGGAUCAGCAGGAGGUGACAGGUGUGGAAGGGGGCAGUGUCAGGGUCCAGUGUCGCUAUAGCAACCGUGGUGACACGAAGAAGUGGUGCAGGAGUUGGGGCUCCUGUGUAGCAGGGAAUUCUGGGAAUGUCAGGAUCUCAGAUGACAGAUUGAAUAACGUCUUCACUGUGACAGUGAGGAGGCUGGAGAGGAAGGACACAGGCUGGUACUGGUGUGCUGCUGGAGACCUACAGAUCCCUGUUCACAUCACUGUCACUCAGCCAGCCACUGCAGUCACAACAAGUACUUCAGGGCUUUGGAUGGAUUAUCAGGAGGUGACCGGUGUGGAAGGGGGCAGUGUCAGUGUCCAGUGUCGCUAUAGCAACCGUGGUGACACGAAGAAGUGGUGCAGGAGUCGGGGCUCCUGUGUAACAGGGAAUUCUGGGAAAGUCAGGAUCUCAGAUGACUUCACUGUGACAGUGAGUGGACUGAAGAUGCAGGACACAGGCUGGUACUGGUGUGCUGCUGGAGACCUACAGAUCCCUGUUCACAUCACGGUCACUCAGCCAGCCACUGCAGUCACAACAACAGACAACGGCCAUGGCAGCCAGCACAUCUCUACAAGCAGCCAAAACGCUCAACUUACCUCCUACCGUAGAACACAAUUUAGAAGAGAAGAGAAGGAAAAUGCCCUGAUUGGGGAAGGCCUCUUCAGUCACUCUGUGCUGCUGCCCCCUGCUGGGCAGACAAGGAACAUCAAAUGGUGUAAGGAUUGA